ACACUCUCGGAGGAAGAAAAAAUCGAAGAUCGUAACUUUUGGGUUCUUCGAAUUCUACACAAAUUUCACUAUGAUUGACGACCAGGACCUGGGUUUCUUUGCCAACUUUCUUGGUAUCUUUAUUUUUGUGCUGGUGGUCGCUUACCAUUAUGUGAUGGCAGAUCCCAAAUACGAAGGCAAUUGAAAGUCGUUACGUUAGAUUUAGCUUGGGCAAAAACAGUUAUGUUUAUUUGCCUUUGGCACAGCUCUAUAUGAUAGAUAUUGAAUUUUGAUGUGGCGAAACAGUUAUAAUUACUGAGCAUGGACUUGUAUGUGACUGCUUCUAUAAUUACUGAGCAUGGACUUGUAUGUGACUGCUUCUGGUCCAUAGAAACUUGGCUUAAAAUAGAGUAAACGAUGUUAUCUUUUCCUUUCUCCCGUUGCUUAAUAUAAUUAAUGUUUUAGAA